AUGGCUUCGUCUUCUUCUUUGGGUUUCCCUUCCCUGCAACUACAGUUCCAAUCCCCAAGAAAGUCGUCGUCAUUCAAUUCAUCCUCCACCUCCACGCGUCGCUUUUUAGUCCGUCCGAUCUCUGCCUCCGUGUCUGAGGUAACACCUUCCUCUGUUUCAGCACAGCCGCCGGAGCCAACCAACCUCCCCGUCAAGAAAAUCCCCGGAGACUAUGGCCUUCCCUUCGUGGGUCCCAUCAAGGAUCGCCUCGACUAUUUCUACAACCAGGGCAGAAACGAGUUCUUCAAGUCCCGCGUCCAGAAGUACCAGUCAACGGUGUUCAGAGUCAACAUGCCGCCGGGUCCCUUCAUUUCUAAAAACCCCCAAGUCGUCGUUCUGCUCGACGGCAAGAGCUUCCCCGUGCUCUUCGACGUUUCGAAAGUCGAAAAGAAAGACCUCUUCACCGGCACUUACAUGCCUUCCUUAGAGCUCACGGGAGGUUACAGAAUCCUCUCCUACCUCGACCCGUCGGAGCCCAAACACGACAAGCUCAAGCGCGUCAUCUUCUACCUCCUCAAGUCGAGUCGCGACUCUGUCCUACCCGAGUUCCACUCCAGCUACACGGAGCUUUUCGAAACUCUGGAAAGCAAGCUCGCCGACAAGGGCAAAGCCAACUUCGUCGAAGCCAACGAUCAAGCGGCGUUUAACUUCCUGGCCCGAUCGCUCUACCGGGCCAACCCGGCUGCUACCCCACUUGGGCUCGACGGACCCAAGCUGGUGUCGAAAUGGGUCCUUUUCAAUUUGGGCCCUCUGUUGAUGCUCGGCCUUCCCAAGUUCAUCGAAGACCCCCUGCUCCACACUUUCCGGCUUCCGCCAUUUCUGAUCAAGAAAGACUACCAGAGGCUCUACGAUUUCUUCUACCAGUCGUCCGGUCACGUGCUUGAUGAGGCGGAGCGGUUGGGAGUCUCGAGAGACGAAGCGUGCCACAAUCUGUUAUUCGCCACGUGCUUCAAUUCAUUUGGAGGGAUGAAGAUCCUCUUCCCCAACAUGCUCAAGUGGAUCGGCCGCGCCGGCGUCAAGCUCCACACCCAAUUGGCCGAGGAGAUCCGAUCCGUCGUCAGAUCCAACGGUGGAAAAAUCACGAUGGGCGGUAUGGAGCAAAUGCCUUUGAUGAAAUCCGUCGUGUACGAAGCGCUAAGGAUCGAGCCCCCCGUGCCGUUGCAGUACGGGAAGGCCAAGACGGACCUCGUGAUCGAGAGUCACGACUCUGCGUUUAAGGUUAAGAAAGGGGAGAUGCUGUUCGGGUUUCAACCGUUUGCAACAAAAGAUUCAAAGAUUUUCGAGAGAGCGGAGGAGUUUGUAGCGGAUCGGUUUGUCGGUGAGGAUGGUGAGAAGCUGUUGAAGCACGUGCUGUGGUCGAACGGCCCUGAGACCGAGAGUCCGACAGUCGGGAACAAACAGUGCGCCGGAAAAGACUUCGUGGUGUUGGCGUCGAGGCUUUUGGUGGUGGAGUUUUUUCUCCGGUAUGACUCUUUUGAGAUUGAAGUAGGGUCUUCGCCGUUGGGGGCUGCCAUUACUGUGACGUCACUGAAAAGAGCAAGCUUCUUGGAUAAGUGGGAUAUUCGACUGGUUUUGGGGGAGUGUGAUGAUCCCACAUCACAUAGAAGAUUGAGGUUGAAGGGUCUUUUCGGGGAAGUUGAAGUUGAGUGGUGUGGUGCUUGA